AUGGCAGAUCGCGAGAACGCUCGCAUUCUCUACUACCAGUGGGCGCCCAUUCUCAUGGCUAUCCAAGCCCUCCUUUUCUAUCUACCCUGUCUUAUUUGGCGUCUCUUCAAUUCUCAUUCCGGCUUCAACGUGCGCCGCAUUAUGCAGAUGGCCAAUGACUCCAAUAUCCUCCUGCCUGAGCACGGCCUCAAAAACGUGCGCUUCAUUGCUCGCUACAUGGAGGGCUGUAUUUACCGUCUACGCGACUACAAACGCGUCCUCUCUACUGGUGCUGGAUGUGCUGGUACCGUCUCUGCUUUUCCUUAUCGUGGCAUGCAGCGUUUCCCCUUAGAAACUGAUCUACCUCCUCCCGGGUAUACAAAAGCUGAGAUGGAGGCGCGUAGAAGCGGUGGUGAUAAACGCAGCAACGGGGAACCAAAUCUGGGAGUUCCCCCAGCAAGACGACACAAGCGAACUACCGGAUCUUUGUGCGAUUGCACUAGAGGUGGUCUUGGAUCCUGUUGGGGAUCUCGACCAUCACGAAGGCGGUCAAGGAAACUUCCUCUUAAUCCCAUCACUGAAAGUAGCCCUGCAGCUGGAUUAGCUUCACCUAUAGAGAGGGUAGAGGUGCCUCGUAAAGGCGGAAAAUCAGCACCAGGAGGAUACAACUGCUGUGGACGAAGAAGCGGCAACUUUCUCGUAGUGCUGUAUUUCUUCGUGAAGGGACUCUAUCUCAUCAACAUUGUUGGGCAGUUGAUCCUGAUGGAGAAGUUCAUCGGAACAAACACCGCCUUUUAUGGGGUGCGUGUGCUAAUUGACCUGCUACAGGGCAAUGAUUGGCACACCUCUGGAAACUUUCCUCGUGUCACCUUUUGUGACUUUGAGGCUAAAAAAUUGGGCAAAAAUCAAUUGUAUACAAUUCAAUGCGUCCUUCCGUUGAACAUGUUUUUGGAGAAGAUCUUCAUUUUCCUCUGGUUCUGGCACUGUAUGCUGGGCAUCAUAACACUGAUAAGUUUUAUCAACUGGUUCCUGCGCAUGGGUUUCGCGCGCUACCGGCUCAAAUUCAUCCGUCGCUACUUGAAAAUUAUGUGUGUAAUGAAGGACACCGAUCGAAGCGCCUCAAAGAAGUUUGUGGAGAACUUUUUACGGCCAGACGGCAUUUUUCUUAUUCGUCUCAUCUCCAUGAAUGUGGGCGAUAUGAUGGCAGGCGAUCUGGCCUGUGAACUCUGGCACAUAUAUCGCCACAAACGGACACAAGACGUGGUGGCUGCGGAGGAGAUGAAAUACAUUGAACCAAUACCCAACUAUCUGGGCCAUCCACAGGCCUCGGGGUUAAGGCACCAUCACCCUGAAAUUGGAUUUAUUACUGCUCCUGCUGCCCCUAGAAACGCUGGAGGUGGUGCUGGGGGUGGUGGGGGUGGGAAUGGGGAGAAAGUAAUGCUCAAUGGAGAUGAUAGCAUUGUCUAG